AUGCCGCUUUUGAGCAUGAUCCUACUCUUCUUGAAUCUGCCUCUCACCGUGUACAACGUGUCUGAUGAUGAUUGUAUUCAAAGCCAGAGCACCAGAGUGUACAAGGAUGGAGAUGUGGUGAUCAGCGGAUUCUUCUCCCUGUACACCUGUUUAUACUUAACAGGUAUGUUUGAUAUAAAACCCAGCAAGGACUUCUUCAUUAUGGAGCUUAUGCCUAGCGAUUACCAGAACGUUCUGUCCUUCAUUUUCGCCAUCGAAGAGAUCAACAAGAAUCCUUAUCCUUUACCUAACAUAUCGUUGGGAUAUGAGUUCAAUAAUAUCCUUUACAGUUACUGGAGGUUGUUAGAGAGUAUCCUCAUUUUGUACCCAGGACAAAGUGAGACACCUAACUAUAGCUGUGGAAGACAGCCUAAGUCUAUAGCCUUACUAACAGCAUCACCGUGGGCAAUUUCUUCUCAAGUGGGACCAUUUCUGGAGCUCUACAAUUUUCCACAGCUUACUUUUGGCACUUUCGAUCCUGCAUUCAGUGACAGCGGCCAGUUUCCUUCUCUGCACCAGGUGGCUCCAAAGGACUCAACUCUGGCCCUAGACAUGGUCUCCUUGAUGCUUCAUUUCAGCUGGACCUGGGUGGGACUGGUCAUCACAGAAGGCCAGAAUGGUUUCCAGUUCCUCUCAGAUGUGAGAGGACAGACGGACAGGAGUGGUGUCUGUAUAGCAUUUGUGACACUGAUCUCAAACCCUCUUGUAUCAUAUCUCCAAUUUAAAAAACUGAAAAAUUUCCUGACUAGAGAAAUAUCACCAGUAAAUGUGGUGAUCAUUUAUUAUGAUAGCGACAGUCUAAAUAACAUAAACCAUAAGAUAGGGAUCCAUUUAGUGACAUGGAGAAUCUGGGUUACGAACGCACAAUGGCAUGCGGAUCUGGCUGGGAAAAAUUUCAUCCUGGACUCGUUCCAUGGGCUCCUCAUUUUUUCACACCACCAUAAGGAGAUUUCUGGUUUUAGGAAGUUUAUCCAAACAGCAACCCCCUUCAAAUAUCCAGAAGACACUUUCCUCACUCGGUACUGGUUCCAGAAUUUCCACUGCUCAUUCUCUGACUCUGCCUGUUCCCUGAAGGACUGCACCCCCAAUGCCUCCCUGGCAUCGCUGCCUUUGAAUCGUUUCGAAACAGCCAUGAGUGAUGGAAGUUUCAACACCUACAAUGCCGUGUAUGCGACGGCCCACGCCCUCCAGGAGAUGCUUCUUGAACGUGCUCAAACGCAACUCAUAGAAAGUGGAGACAAUAUGGUGUUCUCUCCCUGGCAGCUACACCUUUUUCUGAAGGAUCUCCAGGUUAUCACUCCUGCUGGGGAGCAAGUCAAUUUAGACAAGCACAGUAAAGUGGAUGCAAAGUAUGAUAUUCUCAACUUCUGGAAUUUUCCUGAAGGCCUGUGACUUAGGGUGAAAGUUGGAGAGUUUUCCCUGCAUGCAGCACCUGGAGAACAGUUGGCCUUGUCUGAAGAGAUGAAGCAGUGGGCCAUCGGAAGUAUGGAGACUCCCCGCUCAGCCUGCAGUGAGAGCUGCACCCCUGGAUUCAGGAAGUCCCCUCAGCAAGGAAAGGCUGCCUGUUGUUUUGACUGCACCCCUUGCUCUAGGAAUGAGAUAGCUAAUGACACUGAUAUGGAACAGUGUGUGAGGUGUCCAGAUCAUCAGUAUGCCAACAUUCAGAGAAGCCACUGCCUCCAAAAGAACAUCACUUUUCUGGCUUAUGAAGACCCCUUGGGGAAGACUCUGGUUGGCACUGCACUGAGUCUCUCUGUUCUCACAGCUACAGUACUUGGGCUCUUUGUGAAGCACAGAGACACUCCCAUCAUCAAGGCCAACAACAGGGCUCUCAGCUACACCCUGCUCAUCUCCCUCACCUGCUGUUUCCUCUGCUCCUUACUCUUCAUUGGCCGUCCCAACACAGCCUCCUGCAUCCUGCAGCAGACCACGUUUGGAGUUGUGUUCACUGUGGCUGUUUCUACUGUCUUGGCAAAGACCAUGACUGUGCUUCUAGCCUUCAAGUUCACUGCUCCAGACAGAAGGAUGAGACAGUUGCUGGUGUCAGGGGCACCAAACAUCAUUCCCAUCUGCUCCCUGAUCCAACUCACUCUCUGUGGAGUCUGGAUGGGGACAAAUCCACCCUUCAUUGACACAGAUGCUCACUCUGAGCAUGGCCACAUCAUCAUCAUGUGCAACAAGGGCUCCCUCACUGCCUUCUACUGUGUCCUGGGGUACCUGGGCUCCCUGGCCAUGGUGAGCUUCACUGUGGCUUUCCUGGCCAGGAACCUGCCUGACACCUUCAAUGAAGCCAAGUUCCUGACCUUCAGCAUGCUGGUGUUCUGCAGCGUGUGGCUCACCUUCCUGCCCGUGUACCACAGCAGCAAGGGGAAGGCCAUCAUGGCCAUGGAAGUCUUCUCCAUCUUGGCCUCCAGUGCAGGGCUGCUGGGCUGCAUCUUUGUCCCCAAGUGCUACAUUAUUUUAUUAAGACCUGAGAGAAAUUCUCUGCAUGGGUUUAGAGGGACAUCAGACCUCAGAUGCAGAGCUUCAGGGAAAAUAGUGGACAAUUCCUCUAAGGACGUGGAGGCUUGGAUGAAAUACGUCAGGAUCAUUAAAGCAUCUAUCUUUGCUGAAAUGCUGCCUCUCAUAGUAUACAACAAUGUGUCUGAUGAUGACUGUCUUCAAAGCCGGAGCACCAGAGUGUAUAAGGAUGGAGAUGUGGUGAUUGACGGAUUCUUCUCUCUGUAUACCUGUCUAUACUUCACGGGAAUGUCCCAAAUAAAACCCAGCAAGGACUUUUUUGUUAUAGAGUAA